AUGACCAGAUUACAAUUAGCAAGAUCUAUAGCUCGGCCUCUCUCUAUCACAGCUACUUCAACAAUCCCACAGCAAGCUCAUAGAAUAACAGACAACCGAUUCGAUUUUCAGAGACGGAAUGGUUCCUCCAAGGCGGCUAAGGAUAUAGCACCUAUUGCGCACCCAGCUUCGCUCGCCGAUGUUAAGCCAAACAACCUAGUCGACUAUGCCCUCACGACGCUAGAUAAGAUAGCCAAUUGGGGCCGGACUGGCUCCCUUUGGCCAUUGAGCUUCGGCCUGGCCUGCUGCAGUAUCGAAAUGAUGCACGUUUCAAUGCCACGCUACGACCAAGACCGUCUCGGCAUCAUCUUCCGCGCCUCCCCUAGACAGUCAGAUGUAAUGAUCGUGGCAGGGACUGUCACAAAUAAAAUGGCCCCUGCAUUACGACAAGUCUACGAUCAGAUGCCUGAGCCUCGUUGGGUUAUCAGCAUGGGAUCUUGUGCCAAUGGAGGAGGGUACUAUUACUACAGCUAUAGCGUUGUAAGGGGAGUUGAUCGUAUUGUUCCGGUCGAUAUCUUCGUUCCUGGCUGCCCACCUACUGCUGAGGCUUUGAUGUAUGGGGUGUUUCAGCUGCAAAGGAAGAUCAGGAGUCAGAGAGCUUCGAGGAUGUGGUAUCGAAAGAAGUAG